UCGAAAUGUGUUCCGCUUUGUUUCGCGCACGAUUAAUUGUUUAAAAUGCCUCGAAAACGUCGACAGAUAGAUUCGUGCGAUUCGGACGACGACUUUGAUGAUCUAAAACAUCCCCAAAGAAACGCGGCGAACGCGAGAGAAAGGGCGCGAAUGAGAGUGUUGAGUAGGGCCUUCUGCAGAUUAAAAACUACCCUACCUUGGGUACCUGCCGAUACGAAGUUGUCCAAAUUGGAUACGUUGAGAUUGGCGACCAGCUACAUAGCGCACCUUAGAGCGGUCCUUAUGGAUCAACCGUUACCUUCAGAUCAAAUUCAUAAGCAUCCCUUAACGUUGACAUGGCCAUUCAGUUUUCAACGGAACGAUCACUCUGCGGAUGUUGGAAACGAUAGGGAUGCAACGUCGUGGUUGGACCUUCCCCAACCGAAUGUCAACAGGGAUAAGGAGGUAUCAUAUUUCUACUAAUUUGUAGCCUCAUUUUUAAUACCCUGCUAAGUCUCGUAGUUUAUUUAUCGACGUCGUUAAAAGAAUGUAUGCGUUUUCCCUAGGCAUUUCUUAAGGGAUUUGCAACUUAUUUGUAAUGAUUUGAUGUACCUAUACAGAGCUGUGCAAGCGAUUGGACCAAUGAAAUCUGUCAAGCCCUUAAAAAAUUGAACCGAAACGAUUAUGAAUUCAAUCUUCUCAUAAAGUCUUGUGUAAGAGCUUAAGGCCCUUUGAGAUGAGGCGUUUUUAUAAAGGACUUCGCACAGCCCUGUCCUAAACAAUGUAAUAUUAGGUAUAUUUUGUAUGACCAUUUAUGUUUUGUUUUGAUAUUUGUAUUUGCGUUUUGUAUGUAAUCUAA